UUCUUGCUCGUUUUGUUCCACCUAUAAAAUCUCGAUUGGGUCUCCUCUCAAUUUUCUAUAGAUCACAAGGUCAAUCUAAGACGAAGAAGAUGAUGAACAAUUUGGUGAUUAGGUCGGUGGUGCGAGGCUUGCUGGUCAAUGGAAGUCGUGGCGGCAGGUACAUUUCGACGGCCACGGCAGCAACGACUGCUGGUGUUUUGAAGCCGACGGAAGUUUUGACCGAGUUUAGGAGCCGAAAUGGAGCGUCGGUUGGUGUGUUGUACUGGCGGAGGAUGAUGAGCACAUCGGCGGAGACAGCUGUUGCUGAGAAGGAAACGACGGAGAAGUCUGUUGGGAAGCAGGGGGAGAAAGAAGUGGCAUCGUUGAAGACGAGUGAUGGUUCGGUGAUUUCGAGUUACUGGGGUAUCUCGAGGCCUAAGAUCUUAAGAGAAGACGGUACUGAGUGGCCUUGGAAUUGCUUCAUGCCAUGGGAGACUUACCGGGCCAACACAUCGAUUGAUCUGUCGAAGCACCAUGUGCCAAAGACAUUUCUUGAUAAGGUUGCGUACAGGACAGUGAAACUGCUUCGACUCCCUACGGAUAUAUUUUUUCAGAGACGGUAUGGGUGCCGUGCCAUGAUGUUGGAAACUGUGGCAGCUGUCCCUGGUAUGGUUGCAGGGAUGCUGCUGCACUUGAGGUCUCUUCGCAGGUUCCAGCAAAGUGGGGGUUGGAUUAAAGCCCUGCUCGAGGAAGCUGAGAAUGAGCGGAUGCACCUGAUGACAAUGGUGGAGCUUGUGCAGCCUAGGUGGUACGAGAGGUUUUUGGUCCUUGCAGUGCAGGGAGUCUUCUUUAAUGCUUACUUUGUGCUUUAUCUGCUUUCUCCCAAAUUGGCUCAUAGAAUUACUGGGUAUUUGGAGGAAGAGGCUAUACACUCGUAUACAGAGUUUUUAAAAGAUAUAAAAAAUGGUCAAAUCGAAAAUGUUCCAGCUCCUGCUAUUGCAAUAGAUUACUGGAGGCUGCCAAAUGACGCAACUUUGGAAGAUGUUAUAACAGUGAUCCGUGCUGAUGAAGCUCAUCAUCGUGAUGUUAACCACUUUGCUUCUGAUAUUCAUUAUCAGGGCAAAGAAUUGAGGGAGGCACCUGCUCCACUUGGUUAUCACUAAGAGCAAGAGAGCCAGUUCCUGUUUGUUGGUUAAAUAGGAUAUUCUAUCGAACAAAUUAAAAUUUGAAUUACUGAUUAAAGUUAGCCCAAUGUAAGAGAAUGCAGAAGAUUAGUUUAAAGCUUAAGGCAUCAGCUCAUCAAAACCUUGACAAUCCCAAACAAAUAUUAUACAAUUUGUGAAACUUGCAAAUAAGAAUCACCGAUAAAUGAGGUCAACGAAGUAUUAGCUGAAUCUCUUGCUUCAUUAGCCUAAUAAAGUUGAGUGCGAGAUUAGUUGUAAUUUACUCACAAAUCUACGUUCAAUUUUGCAAUGUAAUCCAUUUGUCAUACUUUGUUCGGGUUAGGUAAGGUUUUGAUGAGCUUGUGUUUUAACUUUUAAACUAGUGUCUUGCACUCCGUUAAAAUUGGGCUAACUUUUAUCAGUAAUUAAAUUUUUAUUUGUUCCGUAAAAAGUAACUGCGAUUUUUUUUUAUUUUCCUGAUUUGUUUUGUAUCGGGGGGUUCCAGUGAUAAAUUCUAAAAAAGUUGUAAAUCUACUGGUUUAGCUUGUUGAAAUUGGAGUUUGUUAUUCUUUUAGCUAA